AGGUUAAGAAAGUGUUCAUGGGAGGCAUUUUGGAAACCUAUGAUACACUGUUACACAGAAUGAUGGAACAGCUCCCGACCUCAGGCCCCAGUCCUGCUAAUGCUAACGCUAACACUGACUCCAAUGGCACUGUCAGAAAUGACCUGAGCUACAUCCUCGGAAAGGUCCAGGCUCUGAAAAACUUACAUUACAAGGAGCAAAAGGACCUUCUGGACAGACUGCAGACCCUGCACAACAUUACGACUGAUAAUCUCAUGGUCCAGAGCAAAGCGUUGGGGGAGCUGCCAUGGUUCUAUGAAGAGGCCAGCUCUCUGGUGAACAACGACAAGAAGAGACGCAGACGAAGACACACUCAGAGAGCUACAAAACGAGCCAAAGUAAGAAAGGAGUAAAUUCAGGAUUCCUCCAGCAAAAAGCAACAAAAACACCACUAUAUUAGAACAAAC